AUGGUUCUAAUAUAUGUUAAAUGCGGGGAAUGGGUGUCUGAUUGCAGUGAAGAGUGGAGUUUCGUGGUAGAGAAAGCAAGGGGUGGUCGAAUGGUAACAUUAGAAACUACUACUCCAUUGGUGGUGGUCAAGAGGAUCGUGUGUGAAGAUUAUGGGGUGGACCAUAAUGUUGUUAAUGCCGAGUUCAGUUACUCGAUAGUGAAUCAAAGAGGGAAUCCUCCAAUUUUUAUCACCAAUGAUCGCCAAUCAUCUAAUUUUGUGGCUUAUGCGAAGAGGGAUUCAUCUACUACCUUGUGCGUCACGUUCUCUGGUUCUGGCGUAAAUAAAAACGAACGGAUCAAUAUUGAUUUGAAUAGGGAGCCGUGUGAUUCAAGUAAUGUGGAGGAUGAAGAAGUUCCUGAGAUAAAUGGAGCCGCGUUUGUGAAGCCCUCAAAGGAGUCUUGUGGUAGAAAGAAGGAUCAUGUCGCCGCUGAUGGUUGUCGUGAUGCUGGUUUAAGGAGUAAAAAAAUUGGAGAUUCUCAAAAUAAUGGAGAAAGUGAAAAGUCUGGUCGAGAGUGGAGAGGAGAUUUCAUGAAGAAGAAUCAACUUUUCAAAAGUAAAGAGGUUCUGAAGGCAACAAUGGAAAUUUUGGCGAUGAAGAAUAAUUUCGAUUACACUGUUAUCAAAUCCACGAGAAAAUGGUGGUAUUGCCGAUGUAAGGAUGCAUUAUGCAAUUGGAGUGUGCGUGCAGAAGGUCUGGACGGGUCUGCAUAUUUCAUGAUCAACCGGUGUGAGGAACGACAUUCAUGUGCACCUUCAAAGAAAAGCAAUUUCGGAAAAACAGCAUCGGCAAGAACAAUUGGGAGACUAAUACAACAUCGAUACGGUGAUGCCAACGAUGGCCCAAAACCAAAUGACAUCAUUGACUUUAUGAGAUUGGACCAUAGUUGUGAGAUUACAUAUGGGCACGCUUGGGAAGCUCGGGAGUUUGCUAUUGCAGCUGUUAGAGGUAUACCAGAUCGCAGUUAUGCUAAAAUACCAUCGUAUUUGCAUAUACUUAAAGAAGCUAAUCCUGGUACGCAUACCCACUAUGAAAUUAAUGACAAGGGGAGAUUCAUGUAUCUAUUUAUGUCAUUUGGGCAAUCAGUUAGAGGAUACUACAAUGCAAUGCGAAGGGUGAUUGUUGUUGAUGGAACUUUUCUGAAAAAUAAAUACAGAGGAGUUCUACUUGUUGCUACUGCUGUAGAUGGUAACUCUAACUUGUAUCCGAUUGCAUUUGGAGUUGUUGAUUCAGAGAAUGACAAUUCAUGGGGUUGGUUCUUCAGACAGUUGAAAGUGGUUAUUGCUGACUGUCAAGACUUGGCUUUUGUCUCAGAUAGAAAUUCAUCUAUUGCUAAAGCGAUUGGGACUGUCUACCCGCGAUCAGCACAUGGAAUAUGCAUUCAUCACUUGUUGACCAAUGUGGUUGCAUUUUUCAAGACAAAAGGGUUCACUGCCUUAGUUGAAAAGGCUUCACGGGCAUAUAGGUUCACUGAAUUUGAGGAACAUAUCACCCAAAUUUUUGAUAUGAGUCCUGAGCUUGGAAGAUAUCUACAGGAGGCUGAUGUGCGCAAAUGGGCUCGUUCUCUGUUCCCUGGAUCCAGCUCAAAGCAUCUUGAUCCUUUAACGGCUGAGGUGGAGAAAAAGAUAGAUAGGAGAAUUGUGAAGGCAAAAGGGUUUAAGGUUUACAAGACUGACAACGUCAAAUCGGUGGUGAAAGGAGACAUAUAUGAUUGUCAUGUUGAUUUGGAAAGAAGAACAUGCACAUGUGGGAAGUACGAUAUAGGAAAAAUUCCUUGCCGACACGCCAUUCCAGCAAUUUAUUCACGAGGUUUGGAAAUACACAGAUUUACCGACGCCUUUUACAGCACUACAGCGUGGAGAACCGCCUAUGAGGAAAGCAUUAACCCAAUAGCAGUUCCACAGUCUGAAUGGAAGGUCCCAGCUGAGGUUAAACUUGCCAAGAUUUUACCACCAGAGACAAGAAAGAGUGCUGGUCGACCAACAGAAGGCAUGAAUCAGUAG